AUGGGGCUGAAGAUGAAUCUGAAAUUGAAGAAGAAGAAGAAGAAGAAGAAGAAGAAGAAGAAGAAGAUAAUUAGAAGACAUUCAGUAUUAAACCAGCAAUGCAAAUGCUUGAGAAUGAAUCAAUCAAAGCCAUUCCACACCUACAUGCCAGAGAGAAUAAUCAAAUGGACCAUUUUCAAAUGGCUCUGGCAUUAUGAUGAAGCAGCCACAGAAAUGAGGACCAACAUGUAUUUUCAGAAUUCAAUUGCAUUGGUUUCAACUCUUGUGAAGUCUCCAAGUUUUCAGAAGAAUCUACAUAUUGGAAUGGCUGAAUUUGUUGACAAUUCAAGAGAGCUAUGGCAAUCACAGGCUUGGGGAAGCUCAAUAAAAUAUUCAUCAGGUGAAUUUGCAUAUUACCUCAAUGGUGAGUCUAUAUUCCCCUCUGACUUUGUUGUCUACCAAUGCAAUACAGAAAGCUGUCCUUGCAACACAGAUCUGGAGCACAAUGAUCAUAUGGGAAGAGUUCAGUUUGUUGGUCAGGACAAAAGAUUGAAUGCUGUUGUUCCAAAUGCCAUUGCCCUCCAAAUCCAGCCAGUAUACCAAUUUUCGCCAACCUUCUAUGGUGGAAAACUGUCCAAAUUGAAUCCAGCACACUCCCUGAAUGAAGUUUUGGCUCAUGAAAAUCCAGGUGCAAUUAUCCUGGCAGAUAAAGUUGUUUCACAAGUUGAGGUUCAUCUUGACUAUGAAUUUGGUAUAGAGAAUUGA